CGAAUCGCUCGCAGCGCUUCGACGGCAGCAAAGCCACAAACCACCCAGCAGUAAAUGGCAGCCAUCGUCGCCGCCGACGCGCCCACGACGACGAUGCAGUACGACGGCUCCAUCUCGUCGGAGGGCAAGUUCCACGGCAAGGGUUCUAUCGUCUACAGCAACGGCGAGAAGUACGCGGGCGACUGGGAGCACGGCCAGCGGCACGGGACCGGCGUGUAUACGUACGCGGAUGGUGGCUCGUAUGACGGCCAGUGGGACCGGGACAAGAUUUCUGGUGAAGGUAGGGCGAGGUACGCCGACGGUAAUGUUUAUGAGGGGAGCUGGGUGAACGGGAAGAUCCAUGGGACGGGCAAAUUGGAAACCUCAAAAUUUUCCUAUGAUGGGGAGUGGCGGGACGGGAAGAAGCACGGCGAAGGGAGCUGUCGGUACCAUGAUAACGGCGACGACUACGAGGGGAGCUGGGCCGAGGACAAGUGGCACGGGCACGGCGUCUGGACGCUUCGCGGGGAAGACGGGUCGGUGCACGAAAAGUUCGUCGGCGACAUGUUAAAUGGACAGAUGCACGGAAAUGGAAGGUACCAGUACGCCGACGGGAGUCACUACGACGGCCAGUGGCAGCACAACAAGAUGCGCGUUUUGCGGCGUCCAUCUAUUACACGCACGAUGGCUUCUUACAUUCGCGUCGAUUGCGUUGUGGCCACCGGCACGCCAUCGAUGCGACGGCAAACGACGCACGGGUGGCGCCAGAGACGCCGUCGGCGCGCGCAGGCACGGCAGCGGGACCUUCACCUUCGCGAACGGCAACGAGUACGUGGGCGAGUUUGUGGAAGAUGCGAAGGAGGGCCGGGGCUCCCUCCAAUAUAUCGACGGCGAGCGGUAUGAUGGGGAGUGGUACGGCGACAAACAACACGGGCAAGGUACCUUAACGUACGCGUCCGGAGAUAGGUAUGUGGGUCAGUGGAAGGACGGCAAUAAAGAUGGAGAGGGCACGCUCCAAUACGCGAACGGCGACCGCUAUGAAGGGAUGUGGCGCAAGGACGCCGCGCACGGCCGCGGCACUUUGCAGUACACGACGGGCGACGUGUACGAGGGCGACUGGAAGGAUAACCUGCGGCACGGCUCCGGGACGUUCACUUGUGCCGCGGAUGGGAAGGUCUACGCGGGCGAGUUCGCCGACGGCUUAAAGCACGGCCGCGGGACGCUGACGCUGCCCUCGGGCGACUCGAUCACGGGCAACUGGGACCGGGGCCACGUUUCUGGAGGGGUCGAGUUCUCGCAUGCGCCCGACUCGGCUUGGGGGAAUCCAAAAUUGUAG